AAAAAAACCCCUUAUAAUCGGAGUGUGUGUUGGAGGAUGAGCGGCAGGAGGGUGAAGCUGGUGGGGGGGGUGAUGAUGAAGGUCCCCGACAAAGAGUUAAUGAGCGACAUUCUGCUGCGCGAGAGUACCGAACACUCACUUCCGGUGCACGUGAACAUCGGCAAGCUGCUGCGGACCGAGGAUGGACAGUAUGUGGACAUGGAGGACAGAGACGAUGCCGCCAAGAGGAGACAGAUAGCCAACGCCAAAGAGCGGCUCCGGGUGCGGAGCCUGAACAGCAUGUUCUCCUACCUGAGGCGGAUCGUCCCAGUGAUGCCCCGAGACCGCAAGCCCAGUAAAGUGGACAUGCUGAAGGCAGCGACCGAGUACAUCCGCCUGCUGUCCUCCGUCCUCAGCGACACCUCAGAACACAGCAACACGGCUUCCAGUGAGCUUCUGGAGAACAUGAGCAGCUGUUCCCACUCAGACGGCAUGUGUGCUGACCUGUGGAGCGUGGACGACAUGCUCGACUCUCUGUCCAAUCCGUCUCUGUCAGUCACGUCCCCAUCUGUCGACGCCGGUGCAGAAGCAGACGAUAUCGAGCUGAGCAACAUGACCGUUCAGUGUGCCGUCCCCAUCUACAUCAUCCAGGUCGGAUCUGACCACACCCUGGUCUAUGAGACGAGAUGAGGACCAGUUUGACGUUUCCUUUCCCGCAGCAUGAAUUUGACCUUGAAUGAAGAAGGAUUGUGUUAACAGCUUCUGUUCAUUUAAAGAUUGAUAAUUUAAUUUAAAAUGUGAACAGUUGCUGAAAUGUUUUUCUGUUUGUUGUAAAAUUUGUUUAGGUGUAAGUGAGUUGUGAAGCUGUGUGUGCACUUUUUGUUUGUUGUUUGUUUAUUUUUAAUUGUGCACUUUCUAAUAAAAUACCUGUCAGCA